CAAUCACAAAAUUGAACCUAAUUCCUACUAGGAAACCUAACAAAUCUAAAUCUUUAUAGGAGAGGGAAAAGGAACUAGUCCAAAUCCUAAAAGGAAACAAAACUCGCAUGGGAGCAUAUAUAAAAACAUAGCCUUCUUGUAUUAAUCCUCAACAAACACACUUCUGAACCAAAACUUGUCCACCCGCGUACCCAAACUCGGCAACCAUGGUUCUCGAGGCGACUAUGAUAUGCAUCGACAAUUCAGAAUGGAUGCGAAACGGUGAUUACUCUCCCUCCCGAUUCCAAGCUCAAGCCGAUGCUGUAAAUCUCAUCUGUGGUGUCAAAACCCAGGCCAACCCGGAAAACACAGUUGGUGUGUUGACAAUGGCGGGCAAAGGGGUUCGCGUGCUGACCACACCCACCUCUGAUCUUGGCAAGAUUUUGACUUGCACGCAUGGCCUCGAGAUAGGGGGUGAGAUGAACAUAGCAGCUGCAAUCCAGGUAGCUCAGUUGGCUCUUAAGCAUCGCCAAAAUAAAAACCAACAACAAAGGAUUGUAGUAUUUGCUGGAAGUCCUGUCAAGAAUGACAAGAAGGCAUUAGAAAUAAUUGGGAAGAAACUGAAGAAGAACAGUGUUGCUCUUGACAUUGUCGAUUUUGGAGGAGAAGAUGAUGGAAAGGCGGAGAAGCUGGAGGCCCUUGUUUCUGCUGUUAAUAAUAAUGGCACUAGUCACAUAGUCCAUGUACCUCCUAGUCUCCAUGCUCUCUCUGAUGUUCUUUUAAGUACACCUAUAUUAACUGGUGAUGAAGAAGGAGGAGCUGGCUUUGCAGCCACAGCCGCAGCAGCUGGUAUUGGUGGUUCUUCUGGCCAUGACUUUGGAAUAGAUCCCAAUAUAGAUCCCGAGCUUGCUCUCGCCCUUAGAAUGUCAAUGGAAGAGGAAAGGGCAAGACAAGAAGCUGCUGCUGCCAAAAGAGCUGAGGAAGAAGCUGCUAGCAGACGAGGGAAAGGAGAGGAACGGCCAUCCAAAUCGGAGGAUGUGACCAUGACAGAAAGCGAUGAUGUUGAAAUGGUUGAUGAGAAUGCCUUGCUAAUGCAGGCUCUUGCGAUGUCAAUGAAUAACUAUGGCUCUGGUAGUUCUGCAGUUGGUGAUGCUGAGAUGUCAGAGGCAACUGGUGUGGAUCAGGACUUGGCUGUAGCUCUUCAAAUGUCCAUGCAGGAAAGCGCAGGAGGGGCAUCAUCAUCCGAGACAGUUGAUGUGAGCAAGGUGUUGGAGGAUCAGUCUUUUCUUUCGUCUAUCCUGGAAUCUCUUCCGGGAGUUGACCCCAAUGAUCCUUCUGUGAAAGAGUUUCUUGCAUCUGUGAUUAAUCAGUUUGAAAAGAAUGAACAAGAUCCAUCUAAUGACGAGGACAAAUAAAGUGUAACGGAAUUGCUUCUUCAAAACCAAAGAUAAUUGAUAUUUCAGAGGAAGUCUCCUAUUUAUCACAGUACUAUA